AUGGCUACAAUUCUCGAAGUACUCUUCACAAUAUCCCGAAUAAACUCCGGCCUGUCUCAGGGAAUAUCGACCAUUCGAUACUCCUGGAGUUACGGGACAACCGGCAUUCUAACGUUGACUGCUGCUUUGUGGCACCGUUUGGACUACGAAACAAAGGUUCUGGCACCCUGGCUCAGACCAUAUUCAACAACCACCAGCAAAGCUGCCUGGCUUCUUGACUACGUCAAUGCCUGGUCUCUGGUGGUCCCUUUCCAGGCCCUCAGGAACCAGGAUUAUGAGGUCCUCUGCAGCUCAACUGUAUCCCUGCUACUUCAGGUCUUGAUCGUUCUCUCCACCGCAUUAUUCACUCUAACCCCGACAAAUCUAGUAGAAGAAGCGGAGCCUAUAUUCCUCACAAGUCGAUUUGUCGAUGACCCAGCGCGCUUGAUGGGUAGCGAGUCUUUACUUCCCUAUUACAUCACCAUGGGAACCGGGGUCUCCAUGGGUAAUCUCAGCGAUAUGGUGGGUGAGAAUUCAGUGCAUCCUGAAGGGUGUACAACACAGUUUGCCUAUCAGACAUUUCAUCCGGCCUCCUCAACCCUCGAGGAAGUGAGAACUACCGUUGAUGGGCUGUCUCUGAGACUCGCAUGCGAGACAGGAAGUGUUGGGGAAAAGGUACCGAUGCCCUCAUUAUAUAUCGGUGCUUAUGGGGUUUCCUGGGAAGGAGAGCCAUACUUCGAGGUCGAGUAUCAAGGCUGUCAAGCGACCAUCCACUGGGAACUCUUCACAUCCAACUCCCAAGACAGUUUCUGGGUUGACAUGAACCACGACUCCAACGAGCAUUGGAUGGUACUUCGUGACGUUCCGGGUUUCGCUCUUAAUCAAUGCAAUUCAACUGAGCAUGCAGCCAGUCGCUUGGUGUUCUUGUCCGCCGAGGUGGAGUUGCGCUCGAACAAUCAGAGCACAUUUUAUGAUGAUGAAGGUUUUGAAAAGGUCCAGGUCAACAUUGAUGCGACUGUCUCCCAGGCGGUUGUACUGGUGUGCGCUCCUUCUUUGGAACAAACUCUGCUUGAUAUUUCUUGGAGCAGUGGAGGCGUCCAACAUGUUUCGCGCCACGGCGACGAUCUUGCUGACGUGUUGAGCCUUAUCCAGCCUUGGGACUUCAUCGACUUUUUUUUGGAUGAAGACAUCCUUCCCGCGUUGGUUGGAAAUGAGGUUGCGGUGGGAAAUACGACUGUAUGGGCUGAUGUCUACUCUCAAGUUGUUUUGGGGUUUUGUGGUCAGUCAUGUUUGACAGCUUCGGGACUUCUGAACGACACGGCCUCUCUCCAGAAAGUUUUGUCUACAUUUCUCGCAGACUACGCUUCAUCCACCGCCCAUACAAUGCUCACGGAAGGGGUGAAUAUCACAUCAACUGGGACCUCUUCAAGCAUUGGAAUACGCCUGUGGGUUCAACCACUCGUCUGUCAGGCAAUGGUUAUGUUUCUGGCUUUGAUCAUCCUGACGAUUGUGGGGUUUCAGUUCAAGUUUAAGAAUAAAUUGACACGCAGGGUCGAUCCUGGGUCAGUUGCUGCGACAGCACUUCUCGCCGGACAAGUCGCAUCUUCCAGCUUCCCGAAGGACCUGGGGGCAGCAAACGCCAAGGAUCUGCACGAAGCGCUUGACAGGUUCCUCGCGAAUCGUGAAUCUUUGUCUUCCGACAAUUUACAACCUCCGACGUCAACCACCGUGGAGGACGCCAGCCUGACGAGGACUAUUACCGAGGCGCGUCCAAGCUUAUUGAGCAAGGCUGAUUUCCAGAACCCGCUUCCGCUGCGACCAGUCAGCUAUAUCGCACUUAUCUUGACCAUUGUAGCAUGUGGAACCAUAUUGAUGUUUUUGUUUCGGAAGUCUACAGAUGGACGGGGCUUGGGAGACGUUGCAACUUCGGAAUACGUGCUCAUUGCUUGGACUACAGCACCGGCAACAAUUUUGACCGUUAUUUCAUGGUGGCUAUCGUCCAUCGAUACCCAAAUCCGGCUAUCGGCUCCGUAUCAAUUGCUGAAGAGCGACAGGUGCAAGCGUCCAGUACUUCGUAUGGAUUUAAUGCGGGGGCUGAUUCCAUUUAUCAUCUGGCGGGAACUGAAAUCCUCGAGUUUUGCUGCCGCUUCAACGACGCUUGCGGCUCUGCUUGCAGCCAUUUUGACAACUGUCUCCGCCGCGGUCUUCCAUGUUGUCCCCUUUCCCGUCUCGAAACCUGUUGAGCUCUCAUCAAACACGGCCUUCAUGGAGCCUGCAUCCAUAUCGAACAGUGAAACAUCUCGUCUUGCAUCUCUAAUACUCGAAACAAACUUGUCAUACCCACGGGGAUCUUACCAAGACCUUGUCUUUCCCGAAUUCUCCAUGACACCUCUCUCGGCCAGAAAUGCCUCGGAUAAGACCAACGCUUCAUCCGCUAUUAUCAAAGUUACUGCUCCGGCAUUAAGACCGCAUUUACGAUGCACCAAUUAUUCCCCGGUUGAUAUAGCUGCAGUUAAUGUGCGGAAUAGGUCGUCGCCCAAGGGUCAAGACCAAUGGAAUGGCAUCGUUGUCAACAUCCCUUCAGAAAAUUGUAGAAUCUACGCCAAUAGCCAUGAAACCGCCUUAUUCGAGACCGGAAACCUUUCGGAGACCAUAUUUGCCACUGCAACUACCUACAACAAGGCUGGAACGAUAGAAAUAAUGGCUAGGAGUUGCAGUGAUGUCCUAUACAUUUGGGGUUAUCACGACACAUCACCUGGUCCUGUCACCAACAUAUCGGCAGCUGGUUGCAACAAAAGCGUGGAGCUUGUGGAUGUUACCAUUUCCCUCCUUGAGCCGGAUUUCAGGCUAGACCUUUCUGAUGCGCCUGCGAUUGUCGAAUCAACUGCCAGAGACAUCCGCGAAGAUAGUUUUAUGGGUUUAUCUCAUUUGGAUGGUUCUUAUUAUGGUCUCGCUUCCUUGCCCAUCACAACUCACGGUGUGUUCGACUCCUUCUUCCGGCAGCUUGUGACGUCGCGAUAUGCCAUAUCGAUUUCCUCAAUCGGCGAUCCCACCCAGGCCGAAAUCGUGAUGGAUGCCAUCCGACUCCAGCAUGGCAUCAUUGAAGCACAGUUUUUGAACAGCAACUAUCGUACUGACAUGGAUUCUUCGAACGCGAUAAACAAUGCAUCAGCAUUAGUGAUCCCCACUCUUUUCAAUCAGUCAACAUCCAAUGGUGCGUCGCGAUUUCCGGCAACUGUGACAUACCCAUUCGGAAGCCAUCGCGUUGUUCAGGAUCCCACUGCCACCGCAGUACUGGGGGCUUUGCUUCUGGGCAUCUUGGUAUUGGUCAUUUUGGGUUGGUAUUUAGUCCCUAACGAGCCGGCCUUGCCGCGUAGUCCGUCGAGUGUUGGGAGUUUACUUGCUCUUCUUGCUGGAGGGAAUGUCUUGGAGCAUCUUUACGAUGGAGGCCCAGAGCCGCUUUGUUGGGAUGAUGUCAAAUGUCGGUUGGGCAAGGAUUCUAAGCUUCAUCUAGGGUGGAACUCGUUAAAUGGCGAUGAAGGGGAUGAUCAACAACGGUUUGGUAUCUGGAUCGCUGACUAA